AUCCAAGGUAAACAAAAACAGUGUCGAAAAGGAAAUAUUUUUGUUGCUGUUCAGUCUAUCUAAGUUAUUGAUAAAUGAAGUGAUCGAUAAGAAAAGCAAAGAUGAAUGUGGAAGUAAUUGGUCGUAUUAGGCCACCAAUAAGAGCCGAAGGACCUGAAAACCUUGUUAUAGAGGGCCACAGGGUAGCUUCACAAAGUAAAGGACCAUUUAUAAACUUCUCUACACUUCAUAGAAAGGACACAGAUAAUUAUGGUAUUUUUAAGAAUACUAUAGAAGAACCAUUACUGCACAUGCAUAUGUCACGAUUUAAUGUUUGUCUGAUGGUGAUAGGAGAAACAGAAUCAGGAAAAUCCUACACUUUAACAGGAGAAGGAUCAUCAAAGACUGGCAUUGUACCUAUGAUCUUAGAUUACCUCUUCUCCAAACUUCAGGAUGAUCAGUAUAUGAUGGACACCAGAGUGAGAAGACAAAACCCUACAGUAACCCUACAGAUGUAUGAGGUCUAUAAUGAACUUGUAAAGGAUUUAUUACAAGUUCCAGGUGGAGGUGCUUCUUAUUGUGAUCUUGCAGAAUCAGCAAAUAGAGGAGUGUAUGUCAAGAAUGGAAGUGAAGUCCCACUAAGGGAUUCCAAUGAUGGCAAUGCUAAGUACCGUCAGGGUAUGUCUAGAAGGACUCAGGAGAUGAAUGACUUUGGACCUGCAUCAGCCAAUUCUGCUACUAUUAUUUACAUAGACCUCUCUAUGGAAGUUGGAAAUGAUAGGAACAGCAGCAAAUCUCGGUUUACUAUAGUAGAAAUCCCUGGACUAGAGAAGUUAUCUGAUAAUCCAUCAUACCUUAGGCAGAGAGAGACUUCCACUUUAAGUAAAGGACUUAUAGCAUUCAAUUCUGUAAUAACUUCCUUAGCCAGUAACCCAUUUCCUGAUAGAGUAAUCAGUUAUCGAGAUUCCAAGUUAACUCAUUUACUGAAGGAAGAAUUGGGUGGAAAUUGUAAAACUACAGCUUUGUUGUGCCUGAAACCUCAAUCAGAUCCAAAUACUUUGUCUCCUAUACUGACAUUUGCCACUAGGGUUGGACAAGUUAAAAAUUUUCCGAUUAUAAAUGAUUUAUACGCACAGAAUUUGGUAACCCAGUACAGGGCCAGGAUACUAGAGUUACAACAACAGAGUGGAAUAGGACCUUCAACAAUGGACACCAAAGUCUCCAAUCUAAAUGACAUAAAGGAGACUAUCAGACAGCUAGAAACAGAAAAUUUAAAACUGAAGGAUGAUAAUGAACGGCUGAGAAGUAAAGUAGACCAGUUACAGUCUCGGUUUGGUAAUAUGGCCAGUACCAAGACAGAUCUCUCUCAACAACUUCUCAUGACUGAAGAGGAAAAAUUGAAGGUAUCACAGUCAUUGGUAGAAAUGCAGAUAGAGAAUAACAAGAUCAGAGAGGAAGCUGAGGCUACAAAAUUUGAACUUACAAACAAGAUAUUAAUGUUGGAGAACAGUUUGAUGGAAGCUGAAGCAGAAAGAGAUAAAUUUACUAGGUCAGCUAGGAAUGCCAAAGAGAGGCUUAGUGAAAUGGAAAAGGAUAGAAAAGAUCUUGCUGAUGAAUAUGUUGUUCUGAAAACUAAUUAUCUGGCUCUUGUUAGAGAAAGUGAGAAAGAGUCAAAACGUAAUGAGGAAUUAAGUAUAGAGUUAUUGAACUUGGUAAAUGCUAAAGCCACUUUAAUGAAACAAGUACAAGCUUUGUCUGAUAGUGACCAUGGUUUGGGUGAUCCAGAUGCUGAAAUAAGCAGAGUCAAAGCUAUAGUCAUCAAAAACUCUUCUGGAAGGAUAAAAGCUGAUGAAAUAUUAGGAUCACAAGAAAACAGAAAAGAUGUAGAAAAUACUUUGUUUACAAAUAGAAAAAGAUAUGAGAAAGAUAUGGAUAAGCUUAAAAGAGAAUAUGGUGAUGAACAACAGAGGCUGGAGGGUAGAGUAACGUUAAUGCAAAAGGAAAUACAGGAAUCCAGAAACUUGGCCAGAGAUAGACAAAGAAGAAUAGCAGAAUUAAAUGCUGCCCUGAUAAUUGCAAGAGGUGAGAAGGAACAAUUAGAAGUGUCCAAUAACAGAAUGCAUCACAAAGUAAAAGACAUAGGUGAAGAUUACAGAGCAAGGCUCAUCAAAUAUGUUGAGGAUAUUGCUGAAUAUGUGGACAAAGGAUCAGGACCAGAUCCAAGACAGUCUGUACACAUGAGGGAAUAUGUAGAUAAUAUGCUGAAAGAUAUCUCUAAAUCCCACAAAGAAAGGGAAGAACAACUUAGUAUGGCAGCUCAGCAGUACAGAGAAAACAAGAAAGCUUUGUUACACAAAUAUGAGGAAUUAUUGAUACAUUACAGGAAUUUACGACUUCAGAGUGAACAGAGAGGAAUAGAUGAUAUAGACAUGGGACCAGAUGAAACAGAACUUAAACUGAAUGAAUCAGAAAUUGAUUCUGCCAAUCUAAGGGAGAUAACUAGACUAAAAACAACUAAUAAUGAACUUAGGAAAACACUGGAUAAUAUGAAAAUUAGAUAUGGUGUUAAGGGUGACACUGAUGACUACAAAAUUAGGCCUGGAGAGAAACCAGCCGAGACGUGGGCAGCUCUGCGUAAACAGUUACGUGAGUAUACACUGAAUACUCAACAACAGCUAGAGGACGAAAGAGCCAAACUUCUCAGUGAGAAUUCUAUGUUGAAAGAACAACUGAAAGAAAGCCAAGACUAUAUAGAUCACCAUCUUAUUAGAUAUAAACAGGAAAUUGUCAAAUUAAGAAGACUUCUGGGAUAUGAUGAUGAUGGUGGAGUAGUACACACAGAUCGUAGCUUUAGAAAAGGAAGAAGAAAAUGAUCUGAAGGGGAGACAAUCUCUCUGUCAUGUGCCACAAAACAAUAUUUCCAGUGCUAUUAGACAUAUAUUUAACUGUGAUAUUGUAUGAAUGUUAUAUUUAUGAAAAACGAAAACAAAAUCUUUUGUAUGUAUUUUGUCAGAUUGUAUAUAUGCAUUCCGUCCAUAUUAUCUGUGAUAAAAAAAAUUUGGUAUGCUAUUUUAAAUCGAAAAGAUACAAGGAACACAAUAUAGAAUUUAACUAUAUACAUAUAUCAACAUACAUUCAGGGUCAGGCUUGUUGCAAAAGGACUUAACCUUCAAAUGGCUUUCACUUUGUUUUUUUUUUAUAACUUAUCUAUAAUGAUAAGCAGUCUGACUGACAUCAGAUAUUCAUAUUCUUAAAGACUUUACAGUUUUACAAGCAUAUUAUUGUAAAGAGGUAUAUAUACAUGUGAUUAUGCAUAAUAGUCCUAUGAUUUUAAAUGCAACUACAACAUCCAGAAUUGCUUUUUAAAAUAUUUGUUUUUAUUAUAUUUUUUUUUAAAAUGUACUUAAAUACAAAUUGGGUAAAGUCAGGUCAAAAUAUAUAGAAUAAUAAUCUUCAUAAAAAACACAGGUUAAUUUUAUUAUUUGAUUCUAAAUAGUAAUUUCUGAAAACUUGUCCCUCAAAUUUUCUAAAAGAUUGGAUAAAUUGUUGCAGUUGAAAAUUUUGAGUUAUUAAUACAAAUUUAUAAAAAUUUCUUUUACCUUCUCAGAUUUUCAAUACUGUGUUAUAAUUUAGUUCUCUAAACCUACAUUUAGCAUAUGCUUUAUGAUAAAAUUUUAUUUUAUGUGUGUGUUAUAUAAUAACCAUUCAGUUGAAAAGUGUAAAACUUAAGUAUUUUGUUACUUAAUUUAGAUGUCAAAGAUAAGGUCUUCAUUUUAGGUGCAAUAUGAAUUAGAUGUUCUCAUUAAAUCAUAGAAAUAAUUCAGUCAAUACUCAAGUCAAUAUUUUGAAUUGAUCAAUAUUUCUUUUACCAAUUUGUUUAAGAUUAUAUACACAUUAUUUAUGUAACAUGAUGUUGACUUUAUAAUCUUUGUUUCUUUUUUUCUUUAAUCCUUUUCAAUCAUUUAUCACAUAUUAUUUUUUAGCAAGAAACUUUCCAUUAAUUUACUGUCAUAUAUGUUCAAAGAAUUAUAUUAUGAAAAGGGAGUAUUAUGUCUGAUCAUAUGACAAUAUCUUAAAACUUAAUAAAAGAUUGCAACAGAUUUUAUAGCAUUUGACAAUAUUAAAUUGUUCUCAUUUUGAAAGCUUUAGAAAAUACAUUCCAAGUAUUUCUUUCAUAAAAUGAUCUGUUAUUUUCAUAAUGUUAUACAUUGACAAUUAUAGUACAUGUAGUACUUGUUGAUGGUAUCAUGAAUUUGUACAAGAGGAUUUCUUGGAACAUUAGUUUUUUUUUUAUAAACUGGUACAUGUAUUUUCUAUAUUCUGCAAUGACAUUUUUUUUUACUAGAAAAAUAAAUUUGUUUAUUUC